UCUAUCUUUCAUUCUCUCUCUCUCUCUCUCUCUCUCUCUUUUCAGAGAGAACAACUCAGCUGCAAGCUCCCAUCUGAAAGGAAUUCCAUGUUCCACAAAACACACAAACAGAGAAAAGAGAGACCCACAAGCCCACUAAGCCAUACAAUUUGAGGGUCACCUAAUCUCUCUCUACACAAACACACACACACACAACGGAGAUAGAGAAAAGAAAAAAAAAAUCUAGUGGCAGUACUACUACUACCACUAUAGCUGCUACCAGCUAGAAUAGAAAGAAAAGAAAACAUUUUUUUUUAAAAAAGAAAAGAAAAGAAAAACCCACCGUUUUUUUUUUUUUUUGGUUAAGAAAAAGUGCUUAUAGAGAACCUUCGUUAUAUGUGAUAACACGAUCAUGGAAUUGGAAGCAGAUUACCAAAAUGGUAUCCGAAGUAGACCCAAUUUCCCUCUCCAGCUGUUAGAGAAAAAAGACGCUGAUGAUGUCUCCGAACAACCUUGUUCCACCACCGUACACGACGGCGGCGCCAUCACAACAACCACCACCAAUUUCAACAACAACAACGACAACCAGGUCAUCUCGGCUGAGCAGCCCAAGAAGCCGCCUCCGAAACGCGCCUCCACCAAGGACCGGCACACCAAGGUGGACGGCCGCGGCCGCCGGAUCCGCAUGCCGGCGGCGUGCGCCGCCAGGGUGUUCCAGCUGACGCGGGAGCUCGGUCACAAGUCCGACGGCGAGACCAUCGAGUGGCUCCUCCAGCAGGCGGAGCCAGCCGUCAUCGCCGCCACCGGCACCGGCACCAUUCCCGCCAACUUCACCUCCCUCAACAUCUCACUCCGAAGCUCCGGUUCCACCAUGUCGGCGCCGUCGCACUACUUCCGUGGCGGAAGCUACUUAAACCCUAACAACUUCUCCUCCUCCUCAGCCGCCACGCAGAUGAGGAACCGCGCCGCCGCUGAGUGGGACAGGAACAUGAACAUGGCGGCGGUGGAAGAUUCUCGUAGCAGGACGAUGUUGUUCCCCGGUUCCUCGGAGAACUCUUCUUCAAUCUCCGCGAUUUUGAAUUUUAAUAAUCCUGUCGGUAACGUGAAUGCCAUUCUACAAGCGAAGCAGGAGCUCCGGGAAGAACCCGGCUGCGGCGGCGGCGGCGGCGGAGGAGGAGGAGGGCUUGAAUUGGUGGCUGCAGAUUCUGAUGGAAGCUUAGGAAGAAAGAGAAGGGCAGAGCAAGAACUGUCACAGAUGGGAAGCUACUUGUUACAAUCAAGUACAGGGUCGCUUCCGGCGAGUCAUGCUUCCAAUACGGCGGCGUUUUGGAUGGUGGCGGGUCACGGUAACCAAAAUAUGAACGGUGGUGGCAAUGGCGUUGAUCCCAUUUGGGCAAUUCCUUCUAUUGGGAAUAGUGGAAUGUAUAGAAGGGCCAUGUCUUCUGCUGGUGGUAUUCAUUUCAUGAAUUUUGCUUCUCCAAUGCCUCUUAUGCCCGGAGGACAAUUAGGUUCAGGGAUGGUUGGCGGCGGUGGCGGUGGUGCUACUCUUCUAAAUGAGAGCAACUUAGGUAUGCUUGCUGCCCUUAAUGCCUAUAGGCAGAUUCCGAUUCCGGCCAACGGAGUUUCGGAGUCUCCGGCCAGCACCCGGCAACAUCACGGAGGAGAAGAUGGACAUGAAACAACCAGUCAACAUUCCUGAAGAUCAAAUAGUAACAAGUGUAUGAUCUGAUGCUAGCUUCUUAAUUUUCUUCUAAUUAUAUUUACUGCAUCUAGCUACUGCUAUUACUAUUAGUGCUACUAAUGGUUUCCAAAUUAUAUUUUAUAUACAUAUAUAUUUUAUAUGUUAUGUCCAUUUGCAAAACAUGCAGGCGCGCAAGUUUGAUUGCUUUGAUAUAUUGAGUUCAAUAUUCGAUUUUGGACCUUGUGUGAUUUUUUUUUAAUGCGGAUCAUGUUA